UUCUAUAAAAUACGUAACAAAUAACGAUGAAUUAAAUUAUUUUGGUGUAAAGUUGAUGUAGUGCAGUGGUGUUUGCGUGAUGUGGUCAGGAUGUGGCUGGCCCUCGCUCUGCUGUUGGUCCUGACCGAUGCUCUGGCAUCCAAUUCCAGCAUCCCGACAUUCGCAGAUGUGUGGCAGUCAAUCCAGUACCUGCCUCGCAAGUCGAACGUACGUCGCCAGCGCGCCAUCCCGGCUAGCACGCCGUUCCCGUGCGAAGACUCGCUAGCGUGGGGACGCAGUCGGCAGCGGCCGCGCUCCGUUCACCGCCUGCGCCCCGGGGACAUCGAUGUAGUCGCCGCCAUCGGGGAUUCCCUCGUCGCUGGCAGCGGAGCCCUAGAGGAGUUCGCGCUUGGUGCUAUCGUUGAGUACAGAGGCGUGUCCUGGUGUGCAGGGGGAGACAGCACGUGGCGCGAGUUCCUGACGCUCCCCAAUAUCCUAAAGGAAUAUAACCCUGGGCUACGCGGCUACGCCACUGGCACAGGCGAGUGGCUGGCUCGUAAUUCGCGUUUCAAUGUCGCCUUCCCUGUUGCUUCCGACGAGGAUGCCUAUAAGCAGGCUAAAAUCCUGGUGGCUCGGAUGCGAGCGUCACCCGACAUCGAUAUGGAGAGAGACUGGAAGAUGGUUACAGUGUUCAUCGGCGCCAAUGAUUUGUGUUCGGCGUCCUGCUUAUCGCCCGUGGCGUGGUCGCCCGCCGCACAUGCUCGCAAGCUUGCGCGCGCGCUUGACUAUUUCUACGACCAUCUACCCAGGACCAUUGUCAAUCUUAUUCCUGUAUUAGACGUGUCUGUGUCUGUGCGCGUGGUGCGGCCGCUGAUGUGCCGGCUGAUGCACUCGCUGUUCUGCACGUGCUUCCACCGCGGCGGCGGCGAGCUGGCGGACCUCGUGCACAUGGCCAGGCUCUACCAGAAGGCUGAAGUCGCACUGGUGGAGAGCGGUCGUUACGAUGGUCGCGAGGACUUCACGGUGGUGGUGCAGCCAUUCAUGCGACUGUUCAACGCCCCGCCCGCACCCCGACACCCCCUCCCCCUCGUCAUACAUCGCUCAUACAUCACACACGACUGCUUCCACUUCUCACAGAAAGGACACGCACUCGCUGCGAACCUGUUGUGGAACAAUCUGCUGGAGCCAGUGGGCAAUAAGUCUGACAACGUGCCGCCAGUCCUGCUCAAGUCUUUCCGCUGUCCAACACCACAGGCGCCCUUCUUCUUCACAGCGAACAACUCCCGCACCUUCCUCCUCACAGGGAGACAGGACGGCGCUGAUCUUUUAUGACAUCAAAACAUUUUUGUUGAAAGAUAAAUAAUUGAUAUUAACGCCAUCUAG